GAUAGCGAUUGCUGUCGAACAGUGCUGCCACCCCAAUGCAUUUUCGCACGGACAAACAAACAAAACGCAAGAGGCAACUCAAAGAAAAUUUGCAGCAACAAAAAACGCGAAACAAAGUGAGCACAACAAAACAAGAAUACGCAAAAUUUAAAGAAGAAAACAAAUGGAAAGCGAUGGAACGCCAGAAAGUACAUGUAAUGCUGUUGUUCCAGCCGUCGCAACACACAACAAUUUUUCAACAAAUAAAUGGAUAAAACUGAAUGUUGGUGGUAAAAUUUAUACAACAACAAUUGAUACGCUUGUGGGCCGCGAACCGGAUUCAAUGUUGGCUCGAAUGUUUCUGCAGGAUGCUGGCGGCAUGAUGCCCAGUGAACGUGAUGAGCAGGGAGCUUAUUUAAUCGAUCGCAGUGCUCGGUAUUUUGAGCCUAUAAUUAAUUACCUGCGUCACGGCGAAUUCGUGUGUGAAAGUCAUAUCAGCAUUAAAGGUGUUUUGGAGGAGGCGCGUUUCUUUGGCAUAUACUCGCUGGUCACGCACCUUGAGGAAAAGUUAGGCGAGCAGGAGCAAUUGGUCGAUGACAGACCUUUGACUCGCAUGGAGGUGAUAAAAGCCAUCAUUCAGACUCCCUCAAUCACAGAGCUGCGUUUCCAGGGUGUUAAUCUGGCUGGCGCCGAUCUACGCAAGCUCGACUUUCGCAACAUUAACUUUAAGUACGCCAAUAUGUCGCGCUGCAAUUUGUCACACACAAAUCUCAAUUAUUGUUGUUUGGAACGCGCAGAUCUUCAGAAUGCGAAUCUGGAAUGCGCUCAGUUGGUGUCAGUGCGCGGACUCUGCGCUAAUAUGGAGGGCGCCAACUUAAGAGGCUGCAACUUUGAAGAUCCCACAGGAGUUCGCUCCAAUCUGGAGGGCGUAAAUCUUAAGGGCGCCUGCCUGGAGGGCAGCAACAUGGCGGGCGUUAAUUUACGCGUGGCCAACCUCAAGAAUGCCAACAUGAAGAAUUGCAAUCUAAGAGCAGCAGUUUUGGCUGGCGCUGAUUUAGAGCGUUGCAAUUUGUCGGGCAGCGACUUACAGGAGGCCAAUUUACGUGGUGCCAAUCUGAAAGAUGCCGAGCUGGCGCUGAUGGUGACGCCACUACACAUGUCACAGGCCAUACGUUGAUUUAGAAAUCAAAACUCGAAAACAACUCGAAAGGACAUCACAAUGUGCAAUUAUUAUUAUUAUCUUCAUUGGGGUUAUGCGAAUUAUGUAUGUGAGCGUAGCUGAAAUUGCGGUCUUAACUUAAUAUUUGUAAAUACCGAAUUGUAUAUAUCAACUUAGAACGAUUAAUAAAACAGUAUUAAA